GCUGCUGGGAGGACUUCGGACUGCCGGUGGUUUCGCCCAUUUCAACUCUGCGGCCUCUCGAGGAGCCGCAGCUGCCCCGUUUGCCUCUGAAGUACUGGACGGAGUCUCGGGCCAUCUCUUCUUUCUGGGAACACUACCCUCUAUACCACGAGCUCUUCAACCAAACAGUCCUCGACCCAGGCGUAGUAACCCUGCCCGACAACCGCAGCAGCAGCAGCAGCAACAACAGCAGCGACAGCAGCAGCAGCAGCAGCAGCAGCAGCAGCAAGGAUGA